GACUGGUCAUCCUGUGGCCUGCAGGUGUCUCUGAGGUGGAGCAGCGACCUGCUGAAGCCGGCGGAGGUCGCGACCCUGAGGGUGUUGGUGGAGGAACCGGACUCUCUGGUCGGGAUCCUGGUGGUCGACAAAGCCACGCGGUGGGCGGGGUCCAACAACGACAUCACCAUGGAAAUGGUGCGGGAGCAGAUGACGGAGGGGUCCAUGGACGACGCCCUCAGCGAUGGGAUGACAACAGGAGAUCCGUUCUCUGUUUUCCAGACAUGUGAUCUGACUGUGAUGACCGACGCCAGCGUGCCCAGAGCGGAUCCAAAAUGGCCGCUGCUCAGAGAUGAACCGGGUUUCUUCCUCCAGAUGGACGGAGAACAUUUCAGGAAACAACCAGAACCUAAUCAGCGCCAGAACUUUCCAGAGACCUGGGUCUGGAUGGACGUCAACACAGGGGAUUCCGACAGGAUGCAGAUUCCUCUGCCGGUUCCUGACAGCAUCACCACCUGGACGGCCUCCGCCUUUGUCAUGUCGGAGAAUCUGGGUCUGGGACUCACAGAGAAACCGGCAGAGCUCACAGUGUUCCAGGACUUCUUCCUGUCCCUGAACCUUCCUGCCUACGUCAUCAGAGGAGAGGAGCUGGUUCUGGAGGUGGUUCUGUUCAACUACCUCCAAGAGGAGCUGGAGGUCACCGUGAUCGUCGCAGAGAGCGACGCCUUCGAGUUCAUGUUCCCGGACGGCGACGCGGUCGCCAUGGCCAGCGUGCGGCGCCUCCUGGUGGAGCCGGAGGGCGGCGCCACCGUCCUGGUUCCCAUCAGGCCUCUGGUCCUGGGAGACGUCCCCGUCGCCGUGAAGGCCGUGUCCUCCGCGGCGGCCGACUUCGUUCGCACAACCGUCCUGGUGAAGGUGGGAGGAGGAACAAAACACUCUGCAAAAGUAUUCACACCCCGUCUACUCUGAGCUGACUCAUGGGUCAGAACGGCCUAGUUAAAGUCCAGACUGAGAAUCUGUAGCAGGACUCGAUAAACUAAAAUUCUCAGGAUACAAUUUUAAAGUUUAAGAAAAUGAUGAAAACCAUGAUGCUGGUUGUCCUCUGCAGAACCAGAACCAGAACCAGAACCAGAACCAGAACCACUGCAGGUGGACCUGAUCCCUCAGCAGCUGACUGCUGGAGGCCAUUUUAUUUAGGUCGUCAGCAUAAAGGGGCUCCACUGUUCCUCAGUCUGUUAGUCCCAGAAAUCCUAAAACCCUGAAUGUUCGAAGUUGUGAAUAUUUUUAAAUUCUCUUCAGAAGUCAGAGAAAUGAACCAACUGGGUCCCGGGACCAGACUGGGACUACACUGGGACCAGAA